UAGCAAAGGCAUCCACCCUCUUAUUCGCUUCCUCCUGAGAAUUGCAUCUGAUAUCCCUCAUCACUCUACCUAUUGUUGGGGUAGAGGUGAGAACCAUUUUGCCCGCAAGCAGCCAGCCAGAAGCAAAGGCAGGUGUAAUUUGUUGGCAGAGAAAUGAGUCUGCUCAGCGUACUUCUUUUAAGCAUUCUGACGGGCAGUGCCCUGUGUCAGUACUAUGACUAUGGCAGCUACCUGGAGCCCUCCAACCUGCUGGGUCCAUCGGGGCCUAACUGCGCCCAGGACUGUGACUGCCCUAUGAACUUCCCCAGUGCCAUGUACUGCGAUAACCGCCGCCUCAAAGAGAUGCCCAGUAUCCCCCCUGGCAUCAAGUACCUCUACCUACAGAACAACCAGAUCGAGGAGAUCAAGGCUGGGGCCUUUGCCAAUGUCACUGACCUCCGCUGGCUCGUCCUGGACAGCAACCGCAUCACGAGCAGCAAGGUGGAGAAGGGCGCCUUCGACAAGCUGGCCUCCCUGGAGAGGCUGCUGUUCAGCUACAACGAACUUACGGAGCCCGUGGGACCACUGGCGAAGUCUCUCACUGAGCUGAAGAUGAUCGGAAACAAGCUGUCCAAGAUCCCCGCGGUGACGAUGUUGGGCCUGGCCAACCUGACCUCCAUCCACCUGCAGGAGAAUGAGCUCACCUCCGAGAGCAUCGCUGGAGCCUUUGAGGGGCUCACAUCUCUCCACUACCUGGAUAUCAGCCAGAAUAAGCUGGCAAAGCUGCCUGCGGGUAUGCCCAAGUCCAUCCAGAUGCUCUAUGCUGACGACAACAACAUUGACAGCAUCCCCGAAGACUACCUGUCCAAACUCCCUCAGCUGCAGUACCUCCGGAUCUCUCACAACGAACUGGCGGACGCAGGCGUUCCCGCUGGGGUCUUCAACGUGUCCACCCUCAUCGAGUUGGACCUCUCCUACAAUAAGUUGGGAUCCAUCCCAGAAGUCCACGAGAACCUGGAGAACCUCUACCUGCAGGUCAACGAGAUCAGCAAGUUUGACCUGGGGAGCUUCUGCAAGAUCAUUGGGCCAGUCAAUUAUUCCAAACUGAAACACCUGCGCCUGGAUGGGAACCACCUAACCCGCAGCAGCGUGCCUUUCGACGCGUCCAACUGCCUCCGCCAGGCCGCCGAGCUCACUGUGGAGUCCACAGACUGAAGGCCUUCCUCCCAGUCUCCCACCUUCCUCAUCCUCACGAACAUGAUUUUAAACAUUCACACACCUCUUCCACUCUGCUUCAAACUCGGCUUCACAUCCUGCCAAGACCUAAAGGAACCAAAACAUAAGAGAGAGGACGGCUGUGCAGUAGAAGUUCAUAAAUAGAAUAAUCACACAGGUCCAUAACUUUUGCCCCCACUGGGGAGUUCAGUAUGUUUACAUAUAUAAAUACAUAUACAAUGUAUGUUUAUAUUAUAUAAAUACACUAUAAUUGUGUGAUAUUUGAGUUAAGGUUUCAUAAUGAAAAAAACACUAUGGGAUAUAUGGGAAUUAUUUUCCUCAUUGACAUUGUUCAGACAUUGAUGUUACCAUUGAUGUCUCAUCUAAAAAAAACAUUUUGUGAAGACUUAUUUUCCAUUAGUUGCAUGAAAACCAUGGUAAAUUUGUAUGAUAACAUAGCAUUUAAAUUUUUUUCUCAUGGUUACCUUGUUAAUACCUCCUAAACCUUUCUUGGCUGGAUAAUCCA